CUGCUUGACCCACUGAGUUCUUCCAGCAGAUUGUGUGUUGUUCGAGGAACAAUCUCAGCUUCUGUCUGGGCAUGCUGCAGACUGCAGGACUUGAUGUUGGACAACCUCAGGGUCAAGAUGUCCAUCAACUAUCGGGUUACCGUCAACACCGGGGACGUGCUCUCUGCGGGCACAAUCGAUAAAAUCUCUGUGUCCUUGGUGGGGUCACUGGGGGUCUCGGAUAUUGUUCGGAUCUGGAGCCUGACUCCGUUUGUGCAAGGGGUGGGCAAGAGCCUGUACAUGAAAACAAAGUCUGACCUUGGGGACAUUCUGCUGGUGAGGCUGUACAAACAGAAGCACACCCUGCUCCCAGAAGACAGCUGGUACUGUGGGCACAUCACCGUAGAAGCCCCAAACAACCGCGUCUACUAUUUCCCCUGCUAUGCCUGGCUGAGUGAUUCUGACUCCCUCGAGGUUAUCGAAGGAACCGCCCGGAAACGACAUGAGUACAACUCAGCCACCCUGGAGGAGCACCGCAGAAAGGAAAUGCAGAAGAGGCAAGAAACCUACCAGUGGAACGCUUUUGCACCCAGAAUUCCCAAAAGCAUUAACUGUGAAAAGGCCAGCAACCUGCCGAGAGAUGCCCAGAUUCCACUGCAGAGAAAAAUCGGAACUCUCCUCAAUGUUGACUCUGCCAUCUUGGAGCUUGGCCUGAAGCCCAUGUCUCAUGCAGUGUGGGGUAAGCUGAGUGAGCUACGGAGCCAGUUUGACUUCUGCAGACUUCCAGUCUCAGCAUACGUGAUGAAACAUUGGAAAGAAGACACAUUCUUUGGCUAUCAGUAUCUGAACGGGUCGAACCCCAUCCUCAUUAAACAGUGCAGCGAGAUCCCACCAAAAUUCCCUGUCACCAAUGAAAUGGUCUCCCUGUUUCUUGGGGCAAACACCAGUCUCCAGCAAGAGGUCCAGAAAGGCAACAUAUUCAUUGUCGACUAUGAGUUACUGGAUGGAAUUGCAGCCAAUUCGAAGCCGAAGCAACAAUAUCUCGAGGCACCAAUGUGUCUCUUGCACCUGAAUCCAGCGAAUGAAUUAGUUCCCAUUGCAAUCCAGCUCCGACAGCAGCCGGGACCAGCGAACCCCAUUUUCCUACCGAGUGACAGUAAACACGACUGGCGCCUGGCCAAGAUCUGGGUCCGACACGCUGACGCACAGAUUCACCAGCUGGUCUCACACUUGCUGAAGACUCACCUGUUUGCUGAAAUCUUCUGCAUUGCGACCUUACGGAAGCUUCCAAGCGCACACCCGGUCUUUAAGCUUUUGAUGCCUCACCUGAAAUUCACUUUACACAUCAACACUGAAGCAAGAACUCUCCUUAUCUCAGAGGGUGGAAUUUUUGAUCAGGCUUUCUCUACAGGAGGGACUGCCAAGCUGAUAAUCCUGCAACGUGCUCUAGAGCACACGACCUAUUCAUCUCUGUGUCUCCCAGAAGAUCUGGCCUCUCGAAGAGUGGAAAAGAUCCCCAACUAUUAUUACAGAGAUGAUGCUCUGAAGAUCUGGUCGGCCAUCAACAAGUUCAUAGAAAACAUCGUUGACCUUUACUACGAGAGUGAUGCAUCUGUCCAGGAGGAUGCCGAAAUUCAAGAAUGGGCAACAGAAAUCUUCACUGAAGGAUUCUUGGCCCGCCCAUCCUCAGGUUUCCCCACAUCAUUCUACACCAAGGCCGAUUUCGUCAAGUACCUGACCAUGGUCAUAUUCACCUGCUCUGGCCAGCACUCUUCAGUAAACGGUGGACAGUUUGACUGGGGCUCCUGGGUCCCAAACAAUCCUUCGACCAUGCAGAAACCAGCGCCCACCGAAAAGGGUAAAGUCAGCAAGGAAGACAUUUUAUUCACAUUGCCAGGGAAAACUGCCACAGCCUCAGUGCUGGCGACAAUCCACCUGCUCAGUAAACCAGCUCCCUCUUCAACAAAGCUGGGUACGUAUGUGGAAGAGCGCUUUACUGAAGUGACAGCCAAGGCAUGCAUCGAGGAGUUCCAGGAAGCACUCCUGAAAAUCGAGGAGGAGAUAGUGAAGAGGAACGAGGGCCUUGAGCUGAAGUAUACGUACUUUCUGCCCAGUGUCAUCGACAACAGUGUGGCGAUAUGAAGGUCCAGCCAAUCACCCAUCGUUAGUUACCUGGAUGCUUUAAGCUUUGGUCUUAGAUUAGAAUUAUAAGGUUCACAAUUCUAAAGCAUUCAUUGCCAAACUGACUUCAUCCCUCCCAUCCUGCCUGCUGUUCUCCCUUCUGAUCUUCCCCUCUCUGGUCCUGAAUGAGGCAGCUUCCUGCCCUGAGUUCCCUUCUCAAUGAUUUCAAGCCUAGCACUUCUUCCACUGCCUCCAUCUCCAUGUUCCACUUCACUCAGGAAUCCUCAUGGACCCUUUCUCCCAUCUCCAGCAUUCCCAAUCCACAGAUCUCUCCUGCCAACCUCUCUGCGUCUAGUCAUUUGCUAUCAGCCAACGCAACAUUAACCAUUUCAGUUUUUCCCAUUUAAACUUCACGCAGCCCCCAAACCUCCAGUCACUGAGGACCAAAGCCAACACAGCCCCCCAACCUGAGGACAAGGUGGUCCUGCUGUGGUCUGCCAAGCUGAGCCUCACAGAGGCAGAACCUCAGCUCUCCAACACCUCUCCUUCCUUCCCUCUGGAUUGUGGCCCCACCACUGAAUAUCAGACCAUUGCCUCCCAGUCAUGGACCUCACUUCCUCUGAGAUCUUCCCUCCACAGCAUCCAUACUGCCUGCUUCUACCUCCUGCCUGAGAUCCAUAAACAGGACUCACUGGGAAGACACAUGGUCUCAACCGCUCGCCCCAUCAUGUCUUCCCACACUGACUCCGUCCUUUCCUCCCUUUCCAUUCACAAUUUCUAAUUUUCCUGGCCCGAAUCAGCUCUUCACCAUGGGCAUCCAAUCCUCCAGCAGAGUCUGAAGGCCCACCACUUCUGCCAUGAACAGAAACCCAACCAGAUCCCCUCCGCCAACUUGCUCCUUCACCUGGCUCAACUCAUUCUCACAUUGAACAACUUCUACUCAAUCCUUUCUCCAGGUCAAGGCUGUAAUGGGGACUCACGUGGGCACAAACUAUGCUCAUCUCUUUGGAGAUACAGAGCAGUCCAUGCUUCACUCCUACUCAGGCACCCCCCCUCCCUCAACUCUUUCUCCCACACUGCUCCCUGCACAAACACACAACGCAACAUUCAUCACCUUUGCUGCAUGUUCUCUCCUUCACUCUCACAUAGUCCAUGUCAGACACUUUUCCUUCGCAACCUUCUCCAGGGACCAAUAUCCAUUACGUAUCCACCAACUCCCAGAGGUCUCAGGUCUACCUCCUCUCACUCCACUUCCUUCAAGCACUCCAUUCCAUUCUCCCAGCUUGUCAUUAUCUGCUGAUGACAAAACUUUCCAGACCUUUAAGAUAUUUUCCUUUCCCACAGCCUCUCCUCUACCACAUUUGACAAUCUCUCAAUCGUUUCCUCCAUUUCUUGUAUUCUCGCUCUCAGCCAUCCUCCCAGUCACAUCAAGUUUAGAGUUCUGCUUGUCCUCCCCUUCCACCACCAACCUCUCUGUGCUCUCUCUGUGACUUAGAACACGCUUGUUUCUCACUUUUCCAGUUCUGAUGAAGGAUGUGUUUCUGUUUGGGACACGGAACAGUACAGCACAGGAACAGGCCCUUCACCUCACCAUGUCUCCGCCGAACACAAUGCUGAAUCCCUCUGCCUGUACGUGAUCCACGUGCCUCCAUUCCCUGCAUGUUCGUGUGUCUUUAAACCCCACUAUCGUAUCUGCCUCCACCCCCACCCCUGGCAGCCUGUUCCAGGCACCCACCACUCUCUGUGUAAAAAUCUUGUCCUGUACAUAUUUUUUCAACCUCCCCCUCACCUUAAAUGCAUGUCCUCUAGUAUUUGACAUUUCUACCCUGAGAAAAAUAUUCUAACUGUCUACUCUAUCUGUGCCUUUCAUAAUUUUAAGAACCUCUAUCAGGUCUCCCCUCAGCCUCCGCCGCUCCAGAGAGAACACUGCAAGUUUGUCCAACCCCUCCUUAUAGCUCAUGCCCUCUAAUCUGGACAGCAUCCUGGUGAACCUUCUGCACCCUCUCCAAAGCCCCCACACCCUCCCUGUAACGGAGCGACCAGAACUGCACACAAUACUCCAAGUGCAGCCUGACCAGAGUUUUAUACAGCUGCAACGUGAUUUCCCGACUCUUGUACUCAAUGUCCCGACCGAUGAAGGCCAGUAGGCUGUAUGCUUCUCUACCACCCUACCUACUUGCAUGGCCACUUGUGGCUAUGGAUUUGGACCCCAAGAUCCCUCUGUACUUCUCUCCCCCCACCCUCUGAUCUCAUCUCAUCCCUCCGUUUCUCUCCCCUUGGACGCUGCCUGGGCUGCUAAGCAUUUUUAGCAUUUUCUAUUUUUGUUUCAGAUUUCCAACAUCUGCAGUUUUUGCUUCAACUGAAUUGGAACGUGAAACAUUUAGCUUCUUAUUGAUGAAAAUCAAAUAUAAUUUGCUAAAGUGGCUUUCAUGCUGAAUUCUGUCUGAAUUUUACACUCCAGGGAUGCAUGCAGAAUAUGAUCACAGGAGCUGGAAAUAAAGCUGCUUGACUCAG